UGCCCAAUGAGAAGGGCGGAUUCUGGUGCCUAAAGCGAAGUCCACUUACUUUUCUGGAAGCUUGGCGCCUAGUAAACUAAACUGUGGAGGAAUCGGUGGGGAUUUGAAUGUUGGUGGACCGCUUCAGUCCUCUUCCACCUGUUCGAAAAGACUGACAGAGUCCAUCGCUCAGACGGCAAGUGACCGCGGUCGGUGCCCAGCCAGCGAAGCGGGAGCCAUGCCUGUCCCCGCUGGAUACCUCAGCGACUCCCCCGCUGCGGCCUUCGCAUCCUCGGCCUCUCUUAUCCCACCGCCACCGAUAAACACCCUGCAGCCCGGCGUUGUCACCUCGCUGCUGUACAGCGGCUCUAAGUUCAGGGGCCACCAAAAGAGCAAAGGGAACUCUUACGACGUGGAGGUUGUUUUGCAGCAUGUCACCAUGGAGGAUUCCUACUUGUGUGGCUAUCUGAAAAUAAAAGGACUGACUGAGGAAUACCCAACUCUGACCACGUUCUUCGCUGGAGAGAUCAUCAGCAGGAAGCGGCCGUUUCUCACCCGGAAAUGGGAUGCAGAUGAAGAUGUGGAUCGUAAGCACUGGGGCAAGUUCCAGGCCUUCUACCAGUAUGCAAAGACAUUUAACUCUGAUGAUUUUGACUAUGAGGAUCUGAAGAACUCUGACUUUAUUUUCAUGAGGUGGAAGGAGCAGUUUCUGGUCCCUGACCACACGAUAAAAGACAUCAGCGGAGCUUCCUUUGCCGGAUUCUACUACAUAUGCUUCCAGAAAUCCACAGCAACGAUCGAGGGCUACUACUACCACAGGAGCUCUGAAUGGUACCAGUCCCUAAACCUCACCCACGUUCCCGAGCACAGUGCAGCCAUCUAUGAGUUCCGGUGACCCCGGCCGGCAUCGUGGAUCUUUUUUUUUGACGGACAGAGACUUAAGGCAAAAGCAGAGGUCUGCAGAUGCUCCGGAGGAGGAGGAAGAGGAGGAGGAGGAGGAGGAGGAGGAGGAGAACGACUAAGGAUAAGAAGUUGGGCUUUGGAGAAGUGCAAACUCUUACAUGUUCCCAAUAGGUGGACGGACAGCUGAUUGACCAGGGGACGGGAUAUCAGACAAUGAUGAAUGUAUGGAUUAGAUGAGAAGAACGGGAGGAAGGAAGAAAAGUGCAGUUCUUCCUGGCUGGAGCUUGUAAAGUUAGAACCAGCAGCAGAGACUGGGUGUGGCUCAUAUAAUGUACCCCUUUUUUUUUUUUUUUCAUUCGUUUUAACAACGCUUGGCGCAGCAUCUCGAGACAUUUUAUAAGCUGAGUUGGGGGAUUCCCUCUUCUUGUUUUUUCGACUAGAAACGUCUCCAGCUCUCAUCCAGCCGAUGCCGAGGGAACAACAUCAAGACACCUUUUGACUACCGGACAAGGAUUCCUCUGAGGACUCUGCUCGCAUUAACACCACCUCUAAAGAAGUAAAUUGCCAAGUCUCUGUGUGGAAGACAAGUUUGGGUUUAUCAAUGAUUGGAGCUUUAAUCAGCCCAUAAGCUAGAUUGACAGUAUUUCUUUUCUUUUUUAAACUUCGUCUGCCUGCCAAGAAGAUAUUUUGUUAUUUUACUAAAUGAUGGACGCAGAGUGGCAAACAACCACUGACCCACAAGAAGACAAGAGCCCCCCCCCCCCUGUGUUCAUACAACCGCUUGGGAGAUAAUUAUCACAUGUGAUUGCUGUGGAUCUUGUUCUAUUGAGUUGCAUUUGCACAAAGAUGGACUAUAUGUUACUAAUGUUUGAGGUCAGGAUUUUACACCCACAUGCACAGUACACAAGGUGACAGGUCAAGCUUUUUGACUCGUUUUUAAAGGUUUGGCUGCGUGGGGAGUUCGGAGCCAAAACAAUCAUAGAAAAGUAUUGAAAAAGAGUAUUUUACCCUGCACUCUGCAUUUAACAAAGAGCUUUUUACUUCCCUAUGUGUCAUUUUAAAUUAAGACCCCCCCCCCCCAUCCUUACAUUUCUGUCCCCUCAACUAUGCAACACUUUCAACAUAGCACUCUUCACACAUAAAACCUUCAGUUUUCAGAGACAUUUUAUUCUAUCCUGAUAGUAUAUAAAGAAAAGAAUCUAUCUUCAUAAAAGGAAAUAUUUUUAAUAAAUUGCCUGUGAAAAGUGAAAACACUCCCUGAUCAUGUUCCCCUUCCACGUGAUGGUGCCAUCUUUCUUAAGCUCAUCAGAGUUGUAUUCUAACAGAUUGUUUGUUUGAGAAUAAGCCUGGAUUUGAUUGAUGGUGUGAUUGUAAAGAAUGGAUAAUGGAUUUAAAAAAAAAUCAUAUUGACAUCUUU